GUGCUUUAGGUUUGCCCGGUGGAGCGGCAUCCUGCGGCGGUGUACAUGCGGUGUACGAGAGGGCAGAGCCUGACAGGCACUCACCGGCAUCCAAAGACUCAACCUUCCCCCGAGCGCCCGCUCGCAGAUCGGAGACAUCAAGCAGGGCAAUGAUGUCUCCGCCCGACCGUCCGUGAACGCCGCUCUCCGCUUUUCCCCCCGCUGGAUCCUGGCAGCCCCGGCACACACGAACCCCGCCAGCGCUCGGGACAGGGUCCGAGCUGAGCCGCGCUCUGCCGGGGCACCGUCCCCGCGGGCCGCGGACUGCCGGCACCGCUGCCGGCUCCGGCUGUGCCGGGCUGGGGGGAAACUCGGGGAAAGGGCUCUCCCCGCCUUGGGAAGCGCCUGGCACGCCCCGCGGACAGCGCUCACCUGCCGGCUGCACGGAGCCACCCGCGGGCUCGGAGCGGAGCGGGAAACUCAGCCGGGACCGCAGCGCGGCCAGCACAGAUAGACUUUCUGGUCAAGCUCCAGAUGCUUUUGCUUGAGUAGCCUCAACCUCCCUAUGGACUCAACAGAUGUACCACGAAAUGGCAUUGCUCACUGGGAAUGCAGAUCCUGACUUCAGCUCCCGCUCCUUCAACAACUUGGAAAACCUGUGUGAAGUACAAACCAAGAAAGGAUUCUUCUACAAAAAGGCCAAACUCCUGCAUCCUGGAGAAGACCUGUGCUGCUUAGCUCGCUUGGAUGACCGGUCCAGGUUUGUGAUCAUCAAUGUAGGUGGUAUUAAGUACAAAAUUCCCUGGACCACCUUGGAGAACUGCCCCUUGACCAGGCUUGGGAAGCUAAAAUCUUGCAACAAUUAUGAUGAGAUCAUGGACAUCUGCGAUGAUUAUGAUGUUAGCUGCAAUGAAUUUUUUUUUGACCGUAAUCCUAGUGCCUUCAGAACGAUCAUGACAUUCCUGACAGCUGGGAAGCUGAGGCUUCUCAGGGAGAUGUGUGCUCUUUCGUUCCAGGAGGAGCUUGUGUACUGGGGGAUAGAAGAGGACCACCUGGAGUGGUGCUGUAAAAAGAGAUUGCGACAGAAAGAGGAAGAGGCAGCUGAGGCCAGGCUGUUUGAAAGGGAGAUGGUGUUCAAUGAAGCUACGCAAUGUGCCUUCCGGGACAGCAGCCGACUGAGUCUGUGCAUGCGAAAGCUCAGGGACAUGGUGGAGAACCCCCACUCAGGGAUCCCAGGCAAGAUCUUUGCUUGUAUUUCAAUCUCUUUUGUUGCCAUCACUGCUGUCAGCCUCUGCAUCAGCACCAUGCCAGAUGUCAGGGAAGAAGAGGAUCGGGGUGAAUGCUCACGAAAGUGCUAUGACAUCUUUGUGCUGGAGACGGUGUGCGUGGCGUGGUUUUCCUUUGAGUUCCUGCUGCGAUCCAUCCAGGCAGAAAACAAGUGUGCUUUCCUGAAAACCCCGCUCAACAUCAUCGACAUCCUGGCCAUUCUGCCUUUCUACAUCUCUCUCAUUGUGGAUGUGGUUUCCACAAAGAACAGCAGCAAGCCUGGCGGGGGAGCUGGGAACAAGUACCUGGAGCGCGUGGGGCUGGUGCUGCGCUUCCUGCGGGCGCUGCGCAUCCUGUACGUGAUGCGGCUGGCGCGGCACUCGCUGGGGCUGCAGACGCUGGGGCUCACCGUGCGCCGCUGCACCCGCGAGUUCGGGCUGCUCCUGCUCUUCCUCUGCGUCGCCAUGGCCCUCUUCUCGCCGCUGGUGUACUUGGCUGAGAGCGAACUGGGAGCCAAGCAAGAGUUCACCAGUGUCCCCAGCAGUUACUGGUGGGCCGUGAUCUCCAUGACAACUGUUGGCUACGGGGACAUGGUGCCUCGUAGCAUCCCCGGACAGGUGGUAGCCCUGAGCAGCAUCUUGAGUGGGAUUUUGCUGAUGGCUUUCCCAGUCACAUCCAUCUUUCAUACCUUUUCCCGUUCCUACAGUGAGCUGAAGGAGCAGCAGCAGCGAGUGGCCAGCAGGCAGGUGCGCCAGCGGCGAGAGAACACUGAGCUCCUGGGAGGUGACAGUACAAGGGGGCUCAGUGCCACAUUCCCACCAAGUGCUGGUGAGCAGGAGGGUCUGAUCUUGGUGGACCAGUAAGCCAAGAGAAGUUCCUGACCCUGAACAGCUGAGGACAUACGUUGGCAGCCCAAGAAGCAGUGGACAAGGGAGGUCAGU